UGUAUCAAUAGUUUUUGUUUUUCGUUCUUUUUCUAUAUAUUUUUGAAGUGUCGAUAUGAAUACGAAGUUAGAUCCUAUUUUUUAAUUUUUUAUUUUUGAAUAAGUACUUUUUCUUCGUACCAACUUUAUUUUUAUUAUAUUCUAAACGGUUGAUUGAGAGUUCAAUCUUCAUCAGUGAGAAAACAAAAAGGGCCCAUGGAGUGGCCGUGUGUUUGGAUCAGUCAGCAGCAAAAGUGUGGAAUGCUUCAGGAUCAGCAUGGGAAGCAGUCAGCUCGCGAAUACUUACAGUUCGAUUGGGACGCAAACCGAUUAACAUUACAGUGACUGCUGUUUAUGCUCCGGUCAAUCCAGCAAAUGGACAAAAAAGUGAAGUUGAGGCAUCGGAGGAUUUCUAUAAAUGUUUGCAAGAAACGAUUGAUAAGGUACAAAAGCAGGAUAUGGUAUUGAUAAUGGGAGAUUUUAAUGCACGGCUGGGUCAACAACAAAAUUUGACAGCGGGUGAAGUGGUUGGCAGACACACAGUUGAUGUGGAAAAUCUCAAUGGUGAAUUACUAGUUGACUUUUGUUCAAUUAACAACAUGGUUGUUACAAACACCUUCUUUGAGCACAAACCUGUGCAUCAAACAUCAUGGAUGCAUCCAGGAACAAAAGAA